AUGUUGCGUUUGAGAGUCACUGUCCGAGAGUCACUGUCCGAGAGCCUGUCGAUCAAUUCUCUGAGAGCUGUUUUAUACGAACCAGUUGCGCACUAUUCUGAAAGUAGCUAUCGCGAGAGAAAGAGAAAAAUGUUGUCACCGCGGAAAGAAUGGAAUAAAAAUGAUACAUUUAAAUUAAUUGCAUUAUAUGAACAUCAGCCAAUAUUAUGGGAUAAAAAACAUAUGGAUUAUAGAAAUCGUGAAAAAAAAAAUAAAAUAUUAAGUGAAAUUGGAUUACAUUUUGAAUGUUCAAUAGAAGAAAUUCAGAGGAAGAUACAUAAUUUGAGAAAUCAAAUGUCACAAGAAUUAAAAAAAAAGAAAAAAAGGAAAAAAGGAACCGAUGAAAUAGAGGACUCAAAUUGGAUUUAUUUUAAUGCCCUGAAAUUUUUAAUUCCACCACUUACGAUAAAUGUGACACAAUCAUUACAUACGCAGACAUCGAUGUCUAUUAAGAAAGAAAAUGUAUUUUACGAAGAAAAUGUGGAGAUGGAAGAAACGACCAGCCCAAGUACAACAUCAUCGAAAAAAAUAAAGCGAGAAAUUGAUGAUAACCAACUCUUUAAAACGACAUUAAGUAGCUCGUAUCAAGAAGUGGAUGAAUAUGAUAAAUUUGGUCAAUAUGUAGCCUUAGAAUUAAAAACCUUAAAAUCUGAUUUUAAUAAAGCAAGAUUAAAAAGUGAAAUAAGAAAAAUAAUAGUUCAGAUCGCGGAUGAAGAUUUGUACGAUAGUAUAAAUCCAUUGUCAUCUUCUAUGUCAAUGCCGUCUCCUUAAUUAGCACGCAAUUUUAUAAAGAAAUUUAUAUAUACAUCAAUAUAUAAUUUAAUAAUGAAAAGUAUAUUUUUUCUUAGACAAUAAUACA